GUCAAAUUUCGAGAUGCAAAAAUCUCACGGAGUUGUGAUUGUUUCUGUUUUCGCUUUGUUAUUGAAAAAAAAUUGUCUGCUACAGCUUUUCGCAAAAUGAAAAACUUUCCAGUAUUUGUAUUUCCUGUUUCAUUAGAAUUUUAUUUAAACGCUAGACAUACCCACAAGCAGCUACUGACUGUGUAUAACCCAUAUGAUUUUUCUGUGAAUUUCAAAGUACUAUGUACUUCACCAAACAAAUUUACUGUUAUCGACCCAGAAGGAGUAAUUGCUCCUCAAAGUUGCAUCGAUAUAGUUGUGCGAUAUACGCAGCCUUCAGUUUCGCAUUGCAAUACAAUAGAAAAGUUUAGGAUAACAAUGUAUGAUAAGAACACACAACAGGCACUGGGCAAAAGAGAUAUUCCAACAAAAUUGAUAGAAGGUGAACCAUUAAGCAUUAAUCAAGAAAGCCUUGGCGAUAAUUUUCAUCCUUUAACAACUCGGCCAGCCCCAAUAAGAUCAUCAGAAGAGCAUUCAAAAGUGGCCUGCAAUCAUCCAUCUCAUAGAGAACAUCAACCAAUAAACAUUGUGGCUGUUGCAGUUAGUAUAUGUUGUAUAGCAGCACUGCUUUUGCCCACUCAACCUGAGCAAGUAGUUAAAUCACAGUGGCCUGAAUGGCUUCACAUUGGAUCAAACCUCAAAUUAGUGUUCUCCUUUGUACUUGGAUUGGUCAGUAUGCUGGUCUUACGGCCAUAGGUAUUAUAGAAAUUUGGUAUUGGUGUAUGGUAGGUGGUUGAAACAAAAAGGACUUGGUUUAAAAGUUUUAUUUAACAAAGCAUACAUAUGUAAAUAACUAUGCUUAUAUAUUAUGAUGUAUCAUAAUAUGAAAUGUAUAAAAAUAUUAUACAUUGUUGUUCUAUAAGUUAAACAUACGAGGCAACUUAAAUUAUUUGUAAAUGCAUUUCUUUUUUAUGAUUAAUAUGUUAUAUAUUAAUUUUUCUCUUAUUGAUUUGGUGUGAUAGUAAUAUUUGAAUGGUGCUUUGACAUUGAGCUACAUAGUGUGUGAUAUUUUUUUUAUAAAUUCCUAGUUUAAGUUAAACUUUAAUUUUAUUCAUUUUAAUGUGUUUCAUUUAUUUAAAUGUCGAUAUUAUACUAUGUGUAUAACAAUUACAUGUAUGCAAUAGAUGAAUUUAAUUACAAAAAUAAGGAUAGACAUAAUUAAAAAUACAUAUAAUUAAUAAUCCGUGUUAAACAUUAACCUUAACAACACAUAAAAUUCGAAGUUUUGAAAAGAUUUCAACAAUUUAGCAUUUUCCUUUGAUCCUUGGGACCAUGUUAUAAAUAAAUGAACCAAA